AUGCUGAAUAUUGUCAUCCUCGUCGUCGUUGCCAUCCCGCCAUACAGAAGCUCUGAUCUAAGUGGGGACGCGUUCCCAGGAUGGGGCUUUCCUACUAUUGUCGCAAGUGUACUAGUAGUUGGCAAUAUUUAUUACUUGUUGUUCUUUGGAGCCGCUUAUCGCUGCUACGAGCCUCUGGCAACGAAUGACGACAGCGAGGAAGAAGCUUCAGGGUCUCGUGUUUACAGCGGUAUACUGUCACCAAAAAGCCGAUGGAAUCUUAUGCAGUACGGCGGUGUUAAGUGCCUGAUCAUGAAGGACUAUUCUUACAAAGACUUUGAGAGAGUGUAUCGGUUCGGUCGACGGUGGGAAAUUAUAUAUGCUAUCAAAGGGGUCGAUGACGAGAAUCCUGGCGAGGCUCCACCACGAGAUGGCACAACCUUUUCAAUGUUCCUUUACUGGGUAUUUGGCGGCAGCCGACUAAAGAACGAUAGAACCCCAUGGGCUAGAUUUAAACAACGGCUUGAUAAGGCUUUUCGUUGGUAG